AUGACAGGUGGAACAACCGAGAAAAACCCCCAAACUUUACCUAUCCACGAACCUUCAUCCGCACCUCCAUCUGAAGCGGCGCGCAAAGAGCACAGCGCAGUCCGCAGAGAAAUUGCGGCUUUCCUAGGAGAGCUGAUUGGUACUUUCAUGUUCUUGUUCCUGGCUUUCACAGGCACACAAAUUGCGCUCAACGCUGCCGGGACACAACAACUCACAUCGUCCGACAAACCAGCACCUGAUGUCACGAAACUCAUCUACAUCGCAUUCGCUUUCGGUGUAUCUCUCGCCAUCAAUGUUGCAAUCUUUGCAGACAUCAGCGGUGGAAAGUUUAAUCCUGCGGUAACAACGGCGCUCUUUCUUACUGGCAAGAUUACCUGGCAUCGCGCCAUUCAAACGAUCAUCUCCCAGAUGAUUGCUGGUAUGACUGCUGCUGGCUUCGUGAGCGGUCUGCUGCCAGGACCACUCAUCAUCGCCACCACGCUCGAUCCAUCGAUGUCUACCACCCGCGGCCUGUUUUUGGAGACUUUUGUUACCGCUCAGCUCGUGCUUACUAUCCUCAUGCUCAAGGGUGGAUCAGCAAAGCCGAUGUACAUUGGUUUCUCUCUGUUCAUUGCCGAGAUGUGCAGUGUCUACUUCACGGGUGGUAGUCUCAACCCUGCACGGAGCUUUGGCCCGGCCGUUGUUGUGGGCUUCACAAGCUACCACUGGAUCUACUGGGUUGGUCCGCUCUUAGGUGCUGUACUUGCUAGUGGCGCAUAUGCACUGAUCAAGUGGGUACGGCAAGAGCAGGAGUGA